AUGAAUAGAAGGAUUGAACUAUCAGCUGGGAUAGAUUAUAUGGUCAGGGGAGCCCGAAGCAGGGUUGCUGAUUCUGUGUGCUUACCAAUGCCUGUUGUAGUUGUAAGCCCAUAUAAAAGCAAAUGCUUGGAUAUAGUGAGUGUAGUGAGAGGAAUGCAUGAGAUUAUAGUUACGCCGAAGGAUUUGGUUGAGCUUCUUAGUCGUACAGAUAGAGAUAAUGAUUAUACCGAGCUUUCAGAGCAGACACAUAUUAUUGUUGAAGACGGGGAGUUUAUGGAGCCUUUUGGAUAUUUGCCUGCGUUGCUAGAAUUGAAGAGAAGAGGAAAGUCGUUUAUAAUUUUGAACAUGAACAGCUUGCCUGUGUUUGCAAGCAGUGCGAUUGGGCUACCUCUUGACAGAUACUUUAUACAAGCAAGUGGAGACGACAGAUAUGCAGCAGUGUUUAUGCUAUGCAGGAUAUACAAGAAGGUGUGCAUAGUGUGCAGAGAAGAUAAAAGAAUGAGGAUGUUUGCGGAUAUAUUUAAGCUUGAUAUGCUUGUGUGCAGGCAUGAUGAUGCAGACAUAGGGAGGGGAGUUGUUGUUGUCAUGGAUGAGUUUCGAGAGCUUGAGUGUGAAGUGCUGUUCUAUAUUGGGAAGCUGUGUAAGGGCUUAUCAAGAAAGAAGCUGGAUACAAGCAGGAUAGGGAAGUACUUGUACAGGAUUAGAGAUGUGUGUGGAGCACUUAGUCCAAAUGUUGUUAGUGGUAAGCAGAAUCUGGAUGUUGGGAGAUUCUGCAAUAUAGACAGAUAA